AAUAGCCUCUCUGAGGCUCGGGGCUUGUAAGCAGAGCUCUGAAAAAACCCCUUACGCAAAAUACCGCAACGUAGCCACUUUAUCCCUGGUUUCCACCCCCCCCCCACACACAGUAGAAAAAAAGAAAUCCCCCCGUUAUGGCUACCAGGUGAGUUUAGGUUUCCUGCAUUGUAUGUAUGACGCCAACCUAGGCUUCCUGGGUUGGUAUGGGACAGUCCGCUGGGGGUAUGCUAGUUUGGGUUAUUUUUGCGUGUGUGGUGGCGAGACGUUGGGAUGCAUGGAUGAAUGGACCAAGGGAUGGGUAAAUGGGUGUAACCCAGUUUCGAGUUUCGGAGUUAAGUUGGACGCCCGAUGGAGUUAUCAUAACAAAGUUAUGAUACCACCGGCAACCUGGGAAUUGGGGCUCACUCGAUAUCUGCAAACUUUACCCAUUUAUUUAUUUACUCAUUUACUCCCUUCCCUUCUCCAACCCCUUCUAGAAGGGAGGGAAGUGAGGGGGGGGUUGCUUUUGCUUUUGCUAUUGCUUUCGCCCCCCAUUCUCCAUCCCGUUCUGGAUACUAUUCAGAACUGGGCUUGUCGCGGGUUCCCCCGGACCGCCAUAUAG